AUGGCCGACGUCCAGGAGCGCCUCAAGAAGCUCGGUGCUUCCGCCCGUAUUGGUGGGAAGGGUACCCCGCGCCGGAAGAUGAAGCGGGCGCCCCAGCGGUCCGCCACCGACGACAAGAAGCUCCAGCAGGCCCUCAAGAAGCUCAACGUCCAGCCCAUCCAGGCCAUUGAGGAGGUCAACAUGUUCAAGAGCGACGGAAACGUCAUCCACUUCGCCGCACCAAAGGUGCACGCCGCCGUUCCCGCAAACACCUUCGCCAUCUACGGCAACGGCGAGGACAAGGAGCUCACCGAGCUCGUGCCCGGCAUCCUGAACCAGCUCGGCCCCGACUCCCUGGCCUCCCUCCGCAAGCUGGCCGAGUCCUACCAGAGCAUGCAGCAGAAGGAGGGUGACAAGGAGGCCGACGACGACGAGAUCCCCGACCUGGUGGCCGGCGAGAACUUCGAGGGCGAGUCCAAGGUCGAGUAG